CCUUCCUCUUUUACUCGUUAGCUCUGCCACACCCAUCAUCAAACCACCACCACCUGCUGUUGCCUUGGUGGUGGUGCGGUGGGUGAACCGAAGGCCCCUAUAAAUCCACCACCUCCAUCUACCCCUCCUCACCCCACCACCCUCUCUCUCUCUCUCUCUCUCUGAAGACCAGCCGGCCAUGGGUUCCGUCAAGAACGCGGUGCAGCUGACGCCGGAGGAGGAUGAGGAGGCGUGCAUGUACGCCAUGCAGCUCGCGAGCGGCUCCAUCCUACCCAUGACGCUGAAGGCGGCCAUCGAGCUCGACCUCCUCGAGAUCCUCACCAAGGCCAGCCCGGGCGCCAGGCUGAGCCCCGCGGACGUGGCGGCGCGGCUGCCCACCAAGAACCCGCACGCGGCCGUCAUGGUGGACCGCAUGCUCCGCCUUCUGGCCGCCUACAACGUCGUCAGCUGCACCGUCGAGGCCGACGCCGAGGGGAGGCCGUCGAGGACGUACGGCGCGGCCCCGGUGUGCAAGUACCUGACCAAGAACGAGGACGGUGUGUCCAUGGCUGCUUUAGCUUUGAUGAACCAGGACAAGGUCCUCAUGGAGAGCUGGUACUACUUGAAGGAUGCGGUGUUGGACGGUGGCAUCCCCUUCAACAGGGCGUACGGCAUGACGGCGUUCGAGUACCACGGCACCGACCCCCGCUUCAACGCGGUGUUCAACGACGGCAUGAAGAACCACUCCAUCAUCAUCACCAAGAAGCUCCUCGACAUCUACCGCGGCUUCGACGACGUCAACCGGCUCGUCGACGUCGGCGGCGGCAUCGGCGCCACCCUCUUCAUGAUCACCUCCAAACACCCUCACAUCCACGCCAUCAACUUCGACCUCCCCCACGUCAUCUCCGAGGCGCCGCCCUUCCCAGGAGUCGAACACGUCGGCGGAGACAUGUUCGCGAGUGUUCCCUCCGGAGAUGCAAUCUUGAUGAAGUGGAUUCUCCACGACUGGAGCGACGAGCACUGCGCGAAGAUACUGAAGAGCUGUUGGGAAGCAUUGCCGGAGAAGGGGAAGGUGAUAGUGGUGGAGUGCGUUCUACCGGUGGUUCCGGAGCCGACUCCCCGAGCUCAGGGCGUCUUCCACGUCGACCUCAUCAUGCUGGCUCACAACCCGGGUGGGAAAGAGAGGACGGAGGAGGAGUUCCAUGGCCUGGCCAAGCAGGCCGGCUUCUCCGGGUUCAAAGCCACCUACAUCUUCGCCAACGCUUGGGUGAUAGAGUUCACCAAGUAGAUUGCACUUCCCAUGGCAAGUCACUGAGUCAGUCAUAUAUGCUUCUUGCAGGUUUCCGGCUUGAGCGAGUUCAUAUAUCGUUUUCUUGAGUUCAUCUUAGCUUUCAAUAUUGAAACAUGAAAACAACGAUGUAAACAUAAAAACUAUGAUUAUGUUAUUAUAUGAAAA